AACAUAACAAAAUUGAGCAUAUACAUUAUACCAUUGUAAGACGAUCCAUAACUUAUUCUACCUACUUUAAAAUCCUUCCAUCUUACAGUGAGUCAUCAUUCGAGAUGAAAAUAUCAGGUGGUAAUGCAGUGCGAAUCAAAGAUUAUCCAUUCCAAGUUUCUUUACUUCACCGAAAUAACCAAUGGUGCAGCGGCACCAUUGUGUCGAAAAGUCACGUCCUUACUGCCGCUCACUGUAUAGUUUUUGCGUCAUCUUAUCUUUAUAUCCGUGCGGGUAGCUCUUAUUGGAAUAAAGGUGGAAGUAUUCAUAGUAUAGUAUAUAAUGCUACAUAUGGUAAAAAACUAAACGAGGACUUGGCCAUACUAAGAGUAUGGGCUCAUUUUAAUUUUGACGAGACAAGGCAACCAAUAUCUAUAUUUUACCGCGAUGAAGUCAUAUCCCCAGGUACGAUGGGGACGGUCAUCGGUUGGGGUAUGACGUCCGAAACAACUUCAUCAUAUCAACUUCAAGCUGUCGAGCUACCUAGUCUGGAUAGGAAUAAAUGUCAGCUAAUUUUUAAAGAUACCAUUAUCGGAAAAAUUGUGGAUGGUGAAAUCUGUGUUGGAUACAUUAAUAAAAAUAAUAAAAAUAUCUGCCAAGGUGAUUCCGGUGGCCCUUUAGUAAUUGAUCAACGACAAGCUGGUAUAGUGUCUAUGGGUCGUGGUUGCGGGUAUCCAAAUUCCCCAGCAAUUUUCAUCGAUACCGCCUAUUACAAUCAAUGGAUCUUGGAGCAGAUAUCGCUAUAAAAAUGCGUUUAACAUGCGCCCAGUUUGACCGUUGUAUUGUAGCUUUCUUCAUAAUAUAUAGAAAUCUAUUGAUCGUGUAACAAUUUAAUAAGCAAUCAUGUCUAUAAAU